UAUAAUUAUGGACUUCAAAACACGAUGUCAUCAAAUUUUUGUCAAACGAUUUCAGAGUGUCUAAAAAUUGUUCAAUUUUCCCUGCGAGAUGAGCGACACCUCUCAGAAUCAAGAUGCCAUAAAUGAACAAGGGUCAGUGUUUUCUUUAAUAUGUAGAAUUUGUUAUGAUGCCGAUAGCAACGAAGAACUAAUAACACCGUGUCGUUGUAAGGGCACAGUAGCUUAUGUCCAUAGGAGCUGCCUGGAAACGUGGCUAGCUGAAGCUAAUGCCACAAAUUGCGAGCUAUGCCACCAAGCUUUUCACACUGAAAGAACCCCGAAAUAUACUACGUGUCAAUCGUUAUGGAGAUGGCUCAGAUAUCAGCCUACAGCUAAUGAGGUGGGCCGUGGGAUCAUAGGCGAUAUGCUAGCUUGCGCUGCCAUAACACCAAUGGCGGUUGUUAUAACUUACGUCUGCCUAUUCUCUUCAGAUUACUACAACCAGAAAAAAUUCCAAGCUUUGACCGCAGCCAAAUGGACCUCUGUUUCCCUACUGGUAAUGAUCGGUAUUAUGCUGGUGGGUUAUUACAUGUGGGUUUUUUCCAUCAUCAAACUGCACAUGACAGUUUGGUACAACUGGUGGCAGAGGGAAUGCAUCGUAAGAUACAUCGCACCUACAUCGAAUUCUAGAAUCGCCGCUCCAUUAAGAACGACAAGAAGAGAAAGCUCGGUAAUCACCAUCGCACCAUCAGACGGAGAUUUAGAUACAACGGAAUUCAUUGAUGUUGAAACAGUCAACUCAAAACCUAGGAUGGUUCCGUCCAUCAGGCCUAUACCUAAGCCGCACAAGCCAACAUCCAGUUUUUUCCUGGGCAAAAAACGUAUAUUGCCCACCAUUGAAGAGAGGGAGAGUGAAACAGUAAUCAAUAUCGUGCAGAGUUCCUCGAGAAAUCUUAAUUUGUUUCUCACCAGCACCUCAAGGGUUGUCAUGGAAAACGAAGAAUUGGAUGGGGGGAAGAAUGAGGAAGAAAAGGAGGAGUCAAGCUAGACUGAAGAUGAGAUGUUCAUAAAGGUAAAUAAAUGUUCGAAUUUA